AUGCUGCUGGAACCGGUUUAUCGCGACUUUUUAACGCUGAAUGGCCUCACGCGCCGUUCCGUCGACAAGUGCAAGCCCUGCCCAACAUCGGCUCCGCCAUGUCCCGCCUGUCCCGAGGGCACGCAGUGCCAGCAGAUCAUUCGAACAUGCACCGAAUGUGCAAGCUCGUAUUGCCAAAAGAUCCCUGGGUCCGAUUCCACGUCCUCCGGCAGUUCGUCAAACUCCAGCAGCGGUGGCUCUGAUACCGGCGCCAUCGCCGGCGGUGUGAUCGCAGGCGUGGUCGCCGUGGGUAUCAUCGUGUUUCUGAUUUGGUGGUUUGUCAUCCGCAAGAAGCGCCAGGAGCGCGAGUCGGAAAAGAACAGCGACUUCGACGCUCGACGGAAUCAGCGCAAGUCCGUGCAGUCGAUCGCCUCGACUGUGCUCACACGCGCUUCGAACGUCAUCCAGAUCGCCUACAUCCCCGGGCACUUCUUCAUGCCCGGUGAUCUGCGCGACUCGGCCUGGACUCAGGCCACCGGCCACCAGAGUUUCUCUCCGACUCUGCGCAGCAGUGUCGCCACGACCAUAUAUCGUAACGACGCCAUUGUCAGCGCACAGCCGGCGCAGCAGGUCGCCCGUUCUCGUGCCAACGUUGUCAGCAUUCACACCGCGUCUAACCCCAGCACGCCAGGAUUGAACGCACCAGGCAAUGCGACGCCGGUGGUAGUGACACCGUCCGACGCUCCCGCCGUGCCGGCCAUCACGCCAGCUCAAUUGGCCAAGGCCGAUGCUAUUGGUUCUUCCGGCACUUUGGGACCUGCCGGGAACUCGAGCAGCUCAAUUGUCGCGCGCACUGUGAUGGCCAAGCCCGUGAUGGUGCGCGGCGCCUCGCUGAAGAAGAAAGAAAGCAAGCCCGACACGAGCCGCAGCGCCACGACCGAAGCGGCCGAAGCGUCCAACGGUGUUAUGUCCGGCGACAGCUCCCCCGCCAGCCACCAAUUUACUCACGACACUUCCACCUUUGAUGGCAAUUCUUCCGAUGAAGAGGAUGGCUACCGCGUGCGGCCACCGGCUCACUCCCCCUCUCCCGCGCCCCCUGCGAUCCCGGAACUCGAGGCUCCAAGCGAUGGUCCCUUUCAUGACCAGGCCUCCAUCCCAACGGAGGCCACAUCCUCGGGCUCCAAGCGUCAGAGCGGAUCGACAUUGGGUCACCGCCACCGACACAGCGCGAGCUCAAGCCGAAACAACCAGCCGGCCCUAAAGCGGGUAGAAAGUCCCUUCUCUGACGCAAAUGAGGUUUCAUGA